AGGUACUUGAAACUUUCAAAUAUCAUUUGCAUUUCAAAUUCAAUCUCUAUAUUUAUCUUUCUAUGUAGAAAUCUUGGUGAUGUUUAGUUUUGUAAUUUCUUAUUUUGUUGAACGAAGACAUGGGUAAUUCUAAGUCAUCCCUUGAUUUCAAGAAUGAUGGGGUUCGUGCUAUGAAGAAUUCUUCUUCAGAGGAGCUAGACAGUUACUAUCCUGUUAGACCUGAAUGCCUAGCUGAUGUUCCCAAGACCCGAUUCAAAGCAAGGGUAGGAAAAACUCUUAGUGAAAGAAGAUGGAAAGCUGCAUUCUCUAAAGAUGGUUAUUUGGAUAUAGCUGGUGUUCUUCGACGAAUACAACGAGGGGGUAUUCAUCCAUCAAUUAAAGGGGCGGCCUGGGAGUUCCUGUUGGGUUGUUUUGAUCCUGAAAGCACAUUUGUGGAAAGAAAUCAGCUUAGACAACAGCGAAGGGAGCAGUAUGCUGCAUGGAAAUCUGAAUGUCAAAAGAUAGUGCCUGUCAUCGGCAGUGGAAAAUUCAUCACUAGUGCUAUAGUCUCUGAUGAUGGGCAACCUAUAACAUCUGAUGAUGGGCAACCUAUAGCAUCUGAUGAUGGGCAACCCAUAGCAUCUGAUGAUGGGCAACCCAUAGCAUCUGAUGAUGGGCAACCUAUAGAGUGUGCAACUAGUACCAGUAAUUCACAUGAUUAUAGUGAUGCCAUGCCAGCUGAUAAUGGUGAUUUUGAAAAGAAAGUGCUUCAGUGGAAGCUUAGCUUGCAUCAAAUUGGUUUGGAUGUUGUUCGAACGGAUCGUACUCUUGUAUUUUACGAGAAUGAAGCUAAUCAGGCAAAACUUUGGGAUGUACUGUCUGUCUAUGCCUGGAUGGAUAAAGAUAUUGGUUAUGUUCAAGGAAUGAGUGAUAUUUGCUCUCCAAUGAUAAUUCUACUUGAGAAUGAAGCAGAUGCAUACUGGUGCUUCGAACGUGCAAUGCGUCGAUUGCGAGAGAACUUUAAGUGCAGCACAGAUUCUAUUGGAGUGCAGUCUCAGCUAAGUACUCUAGCUCAAAUUGUUAAAACCGUCGAUCCCAAGCUUCAUCAACACCUGGAGGAGCUAGAUGGUGGAGAAUAUCUGUUUGCAUUUCGCAUGCUGAUGGUACUUUUCCGCAGGGAGUUCUCGUUCGUUGACUCACUCUAUCUUUGGGAGGUGAUGUGGGCCAUGGAGUACAAUCCAAACAUAUAUUCAUCAUAUGAUGACAAAAGACAACCCCUUCUUUCUGAAUUAUUGUAUGAUGACAAACCGAAUGAUAAGCAUAAACUAAAGGAAUAUGGGAAGUUUGAAAGGAACAAUUUGAAAACUGGUGCGGAACCGAAUAGUGCUCUUUCUGUUUUCCUGGUUGCAAGUGUUCUAGAGACCAAGCAUAGGCGACUUAUGAAAGAGGCGAAAGGCCUUGAUGAUGUUGUAGAGAUCUUGGGCGAAAUAUCUGGGAAUUUAGAUGCAAGAAAAGCAUUAGAUGAGGCAUUGAAGGUUCAUAAGAAGUACUUGAAACAGGCUAAAAAGUCAUAGUUGGAGUUGCUAGUGGUGGUCCUGCAGCAAGUAUCUCCUGUGGUUAAAGUCUUGUUUUCAUUUUUGUUUUUUCAUUAUUAAUUUCAAUUCUUAAACUCCUUUUUUUUGGGAUUUUAUCCUAUUGUUUUUUUAAUCCUUUUCCCUUUUUCUUAAAGGUGUAAUUCCUCUUAUAAAUUCAUGAGUCAUGCCUGUCUUCUUUCUUUUGGUAGUUGGUCUACAGCUCUAUAAGAAAGAGGAAGAUGUAUAUAAGAUUAGGUAUGAAAUGUACAUGACAUGCUUUUUUUUUAAUUCAAGUAUUUUAACAACUCCAGAAUGUAAGCAAUAUUGCAAUUAGUUUCAAUUGCUUUAUGGAUGAGAAGAGUUUCAGUUUGAGAUACUAAA